AUGGCAGCCAAUCUUGCAAGUCUAAUUGAAAGACUAGAAAAAGCUGUAGGAAGCUUGGAAGGUCUUGUUGGAUUUGGAGCUCCUGCAAGGGAAGAAAGAAAAGCAGCCACUGAAGAUGUUAAAGCUGUAGAAAAGAAAGCACCAGCUGAAGAAAUACCUCCCUUUUUGGUUGAAUUCCAGACUGCAGUCUUACUAUCCCUCUUUAAAUUGGAGACAAAAGCUGAUCAAGGUAGUUUAUUUUAAAACAUAAUUAGAUAUUAAAUUUACAUAGUAGAAAAAAAAAUAAUUCGUGCCAACCUUAUUGAAACAAUAAUCUAUUUAUACUCCCUCUUAAAUAUAUAAAACAAGACAUAUACAACUUUUUAAUUUUGAUAAAUAUAAAUUAUUAUUUUUGUCUAAAAAAAUUUUUGGUUCAAGAAAAAGGAUUAAUUUACCAAAAAAAAUCGAAAUUUAUCAAUAUUUUGUUCCAUUUAAAAGACAAGUUAGGUAAAAUCCCUCAGCUGCUUCAGACUGCUCAAGCAGUUGAUCCACAAGUUGUCCAAAUUGUAUUCAAUUUUUGCUAAUUUAGUCCUUAUUUUUUAUAUAAAUUAUAUUAACAUUUCAUAAUAAAGUCAAUAAACUUUAGUAUAAUUAACAUCUAGUCAAAUGAGUUCAUUAAAGGACUGAAUUUUGUCAAUGACUUGCUGAUUGCGUCUACCAAAUGCCGAAAACCUUCUGACCAAGAGAACCAAGAGCAUAUUAUCUCAAAACUCCAAGUGAUUUUUAAAGGAUUAGCAGACUUAAAAAACAUCAGAAACAAUUUCACUAACCAUUCCACUGCUGCCUUUGAAGCUGUACAAUCUAUUCAAUGGCCUAUUGCACCUAUGCCAGGACCAAUUGUAGACAACUUUUUAGAUGCUUCAGCAUUUUAUGGGAAUAAAGUUCUUAUGGCAAAGGUUGAGACCCACACAGCUUGGUAUAAAACAAUGAGAGAGACUGUGGUAGCAAUGAGAGAUUAUGUAAAGGCAAACUUUGCGCAAGGCUUAAACUGGAAUGCUAGAGGUGUUUCAAUUGGAGAGCAUUUUGCAGCUAAGCCAACCCAAGCUCCAAAAGAAGAAACUAAAGCUCCUGUUGAAGAGAAAAAAGCAGCCCGUGAAGAAACUAAAACACCUGCACCCGCUAAAAAAGAGCCUAACUCAGCUCUUAAUUGUAGUAAAAUCCCAUUUUUGAGAUUAAUCCUCAUUAAAUUAGACCAAUUUUUAAAAUUUAUCGACUUAAUCUAAUGGAGGGAAUCAAGUAGAAUGCUAUUUAAACAGUUAAGACACUGAAGAAUUAAUUUUAAUUAAUUCUUUAUAAAAUUUAAAAAAUAUAUGUAAUUUCUUAUUCUUUUAUUAUAAUGAUUUUUUUAAAAAAAUAUAAACCCCCUUUAUAUUGGAACAGAAUUAUUUGUUUCAAUUAAAAAGGGGGUGAAAUAAGAAAUUUGAAAGAGGCAUAAGCUGGAUUAUAGAAAACUAUUCAGAAAAUAAGACGCUCGAAAUUUCUCCUGAAGAAGCUGGGCUGAAAAAAGCUAUUAUGAUUGAAAACUGUGAAAAAUGUAUUAUCCAGGUCAAAGGGAAGGUAAAAUCAAUCAUCAUAAGCAAAUGCAAAAAUACCAGUGUUGUCUGCCAAGAUAUUGUUUCAGGGAUUGAAAUUGUAAAUUUCUAUUCUGAUUUGCCUAAAUAAUCUAUAUUUUUAUUUAAAAAAAUAAAAUAAAUUUAUUAUGGAAGCUAUGCUACCAAAACUCAGAUGCAAAGCACAGGCACUGUCCCAUCAAUUACCAUUGAUAACAGUGAUGGCGCUCAACUUUUCUUAUCAAAAGGCCUAGAUGACUUGAUUAUCACCACAUGUAAGAGCUCAGACAUGACAAUUACUAUUCCAGACCCUGCAUGUCCUGAUGAGUGGAUUGAAAAAGCAAUCCCUCAUCAGUUCACCCACAGAAUUUCUUCAGGAAAGGUAGCGAGCGCUGUCAGUGACGUUUAUAAUCAUUAG